AGACUCUGAAGGCAACACCGCACGACGGAUGACGUAAGCACGCAGCUGCCCGUGUUUGGUUGUGGACGGAGCAAGAAAGCUAGGAAGGGAUCAAGGAAAAACCUCUAGCAUCGUAGAUAAACAACCCCCGAGAGAGGUGUUGAAACCCGGCGGGAACACAGCUGUCACAACACCGAGGGGACAGUCAGAUAAAGGCCCGGUUGCGUCCUUCAUACGGAGAGGGUCAACAUGUCUGAGACAUACGACUUCCUAUUUAAGUUUCUGGUGAUUGGCAGUGCUGGGACGGGGAAAUCCUGCCUCCUCCACCAGUUCAUUGAGAACAAGUUUAAACAGGACUCCAACCACACCAUCGGCGUGGAGUUUGGUUCCCGAGUGGUCAAUGUUGGUGGAAAGACGGUCAAGCUCCAGAUCUGGGACACCGCUGGACAGGAACGAUUCCGUUCUGUUACACGCAGCUACUACAGAGGAGCAGCCGGAGCGCUCCUCGUCUAUGAUAUUACAAGUCGGGAGACGUAUAAUGCCCUCACCAACUGGCUGACAGAUGCACGGACUUUGGCGAGCCCCAACAUUGUUAUUAUCCUGUGUGGCAACAAGAAAGACCUGGAUGCGGACAGAGAGGUGACCUUCCUGGAGGCAUCGCGCUUUGCUCAAGAAAACGAGCUGAUGUUCCUGGAGACCAGUGCUCUGACAGGGGAGAAUGUCGAAGAGGGUUUUCUAAAGUGUGCUCGCACCAUCCUCAACAAGAUAGACUCAGGUGAAUUGGACCCAGAGAGAAUGGGUUCAGGUAUCCAGUAUGGAGAUGCUUCGUUGAGGCAGCUGCGACAGCCGAGAGGCACCACCACACAGAAUAAACAGCAGUGUAAUUGCUAGGGGUCGGGGCGGGGGGAGCCCACCCUCACCUCAGCCCACAGGCCCACACAGACAGGACGCCCCUUACAGCUCCAGGUGUUUUUUGGUGUGUGGGACCGUUCUCUCUGCAGUCUCACACACCUUGGAUCACCUGGAUAAGUGGAGAUCACUGCAACCCCUUUGCCCCUGCGUCUCGGCAGGGAAACCCCUCAGUGUGAACAUGCUGGGAUCAUUUUAAUUUUUUUUUUAAAGUGGUUUCUUGGUUAUUUACCAGACAAAGACGAGUCGAGGGUUGUGUGUAUGGGCUGCCCUACUGUUGUUUUAUCUCUGUGCUUUUUCAUUCUGGUUUUAGUAACACCUACCUGCUUCUUCAUUUGCACAUCAUUGUUUAUAAAUUAUUAUCGGUAAGCUAUUUUGCGCAUAUUCAUUGUUCAACUUAUCUGGAUAUAAUUCAUGAAUAGUUUUGGUCGGCGCUUUUGAGUUUUUAACAUUCACCUGUUGAUGUUUUGCUUUUUAUUAUCUAUUAUUUGAGUUAAGUAUAUUUUCCAUAAAAUCAGCCUGUCAUUGAUGGUGAUUAACGGUCUAAAUGUGUCCUCUUAUACGUCAAUAUACACAGAUUUUGCUUCAGAAUCAUUGUAGAUAUAUUGAAAACCAGAUACAAUGCAAGUCCUUGUGAAGGUUGUUGUCCAGUAACUUUUCCUGAUCCAAUUGAAAGCAGCAAAUCAAUGAGUUCAAGUAUAGUUGAGAUCUUUAAAGUCAUACAGGCCAGCCAUAUGUUAGAGCCCAGGUUUUUUUUUUUUCACUCAGUGUGUUAUUUGAGUCAUUUGACAUUUUUUGAUUUGCAUUAAAAUGCACCAUUAUGUGUUGGCCUUAGUAAUAUACUUGACAUUGUUUAUCUACAGUAUAUUAUUCCCAGUCCUCAUGUCUUUAAACUGUCAAAAAUGUACUAAGAUGAGCCUGUGGGUCAGGUUUAAAGCACAAAAAAAGAGUUUUUGCUCUUUAUUUUACUCCAGAGUUUCCAAAGUCUAUAGAUUUGCAUUAUCAGAUUUAGUCCUGUCACAGUGUAAGAGAAAGAGUCAAUCUUUGCAAAACUAACAAUAUCUUUGACUCCUCCUGCUGGGAUUUUUGUCCAUUUUCUUGACCCUCCUUUAAUUCAUGCUGCACAUACUGUAUAAGGGACGUCACAGGAAACCACAGUUGGUUUUGCCUCAGUGCCAUGUUUGAGAAACUUUCAUACUGCCCACUCAGUUCCCUCAUAGAGCCUCAACACUGUUUAAUCACGCAAGGUUCUAAGUGCACCUUGAUUAAAAAAAAAAGUCAGGAUUCUGUUUUUAACCUUUUUAAGUAGUUUUCAUUCCUCUUCGUCAGGCCGGGAAACAUCUCUGCUCUGAGUUUUGCCGAGCCACCCAGAUGUUUUCUCCUCAGAACAGACCCCGUGUUGCCCCAGAGAGAAACAGGGAAUUUCCACUGCAACAUGAUUUCCUCUUUCCGUCAUACACUGACAGCACUGAUUCGUGGUGCUGCAGGAGGAGAAUGAGGUUGUGAGCUAAUAACUUUUAAAAAACAUCCCAAACUCUUACCGCCCUGCUGUUGAGUCAUAGGCACUGCUUCUGUCUGAACCACUGAGAGCAGGUCGUACCGACCCAGCCGAGAGGAGUUCAAAUCAAACUGCCUGCAAAACCUAUUUCUCAUGUCUUCUCCUCAAGUGUUAGCAUAUGUCCUCCCAGACGAACCAUAUGCGCUUUAAGCUCACAUGAGCCAGCACACUUGAAGAUGGUGAGUCGUGCAAACAUGAGAUCGUAUAGGAUAUCAAGAGACAGAUGGUCAAAGCAAGUGUAGUUUUCAUAAAAUAUCGGCAUCGUGUGAUAGUGUGUCUCCUUCUGCAAGUGCACUUUUACUUUUGAAUUUUCAUGUUUGUUUUUGUUUAUAUGCUGCAACUAUAGAAUUGUACACUUUAUUUUACUUGAACAGUAUACUGUAAUAAAGAUUUUAAUUGUAGACGUUAUCAUUUCUUACUAAAUAACAACUGAGGUCCUUCAUUUGAUUUCCUUGUGUCUGCUGUCACAAGGGAAGCGGUGAUAAACCCCUGCUGUCUUGAGGUUUGACUUGUUUGUUGCCCACUGCUGACGUGGAGGCAACGAUGAAAGGAUGUGGACUUCCUGAGCUGUAGGAGGCUGGCAGCAGCGACUCUUGAUCAGUCGUUCACAAGUUGUCACGUAUUACUCAGCUGUCGACUCAUCGAAAUGGUUGAAUGCCGCCGAAGCAGAGUUGUCUUGCAAUCACCUGUGUGUAUUUAUUGCACAGUUCAUAAGCACUCAUCAAAAUCGAAGUAUGAUAAGGAUAAGGAUUCAAUCAUGUGAUGAACACAGUCCAACUCAGUUGUUCCUUAGUAACUAAUGUUAUAUAAUCAACCUAAAUUCUACUGUACAUCCACAAAGUAACCUAUGCUGUAAAUAAGAUUUGUCUAUUGUCAGUUGAGGGUGAGUGUUGCUCAUUGAUUGUAAUGAUUAUGCAAUUCCCAGUAAACUGCUUGUUUUUUCAGUUAA